CUUAUCUCAAUUGAAAAAAAGCCUGCUAUUAUAUUUUCCCAAGAGCCGCAAAACUCAAUUUUAAUCAUCCUCUCAUCAUAUUCUCCAAUCUUUUGCCUCAAUUUUCUCUCUCCUAGGGUUUUUGUUUCAAUUAUUUCGUAAUUAUUCCGGGGUCUUUGUUUUUCUGGAAGAUCGGAUUGUUGGUUGGAGAUACUGGUUUUGGUUCAUUCUUUGAUUUUCCAUUUAUCUUGAAGAGUGAAUGUUCUAAUGGAAUCAAAAGGUGGUAAAGACGAUUCCAGUAGUAGUAGUAGUAAAUCAUUGUUAUACGCCGCACCACUCGCCUACACCAUUGAAGACGUUCGACCAAAGGGAGGAGUCAAGAAAUUCAGAUCAGCUGCUUACUCAAACUGCUCUCGCAAACCAUCCUGAUAUACCCUAACUAGUUCUUGCUCCGCCACUUUACAGUGGUCUUUUUAUUUUUUGCUUUAGAUAUUACUACUUUUAAUUUUAGGUCCCUUUCUUCUUCUGUUUACCUCUGCCCCCUGCACCUCCUCUUUGCGACUGUAAGAAGUUCUUCUAGUAUUUGUAGCCAUGACGGUUCCCAUGGUUGGAGACAACAAUAACAACAACAACAACGAAAUGGCAAUUUCUGCUAUUGGAUUCGAAGGGUUCGAGAAGAGGCUAGAGAUCACGUUCUUUGAGCCCAGUAUCUUUGUCGAUCCUGAAGGGAAGGGUCUCCGUGCUUUGUGUAAGGCACAGUUGGAUGAGAUUCUUGGCCCUGCUGAGUGCACCAUUGUCGAUUCUCUGGCAAAUGAAAGUGUAGACUCUUAUGUUCUAUCAGAGUCAAGCCUCUUUAUUUACGCAUACAAGAUCAUCAUCAAAACUUGUGGGACAACUAAGCUGCUUCGUGCAAUUCCUCCUAUUUUGAGGUUGGCUGGAAGCCUGUCACUUGACGUCAAAUCUGUCCGUUAUACCCGUGGCAGUUUCAUUUUCCCUGGUGCUCAAUCUUACCCUCACCGGAGCUUCUCAGAGGAAGUAGCUGUUCUUGAUGGUUACUUUGGUAAGCUUGCGGCAGGCAGCAAGGCUUUUGUGAUGGGGGACCCUGCAAAGCCCCAAAAGUGGCAUGUUUACUCUGCAUCUGCUGAAACGAUCAGCUUUGAGGAGCCAGUAUAUACUCUUGAAAUGUGCAUGACUGGUCUUAAGAAGGAGAAGGCUUCAGUCUUCUUCAAAUCUCAAUCGCCCAAUGCUGCUGUUAUGACGGAAAGUUCUGGUAUUCGGAAAAUUCUUCCAGACUCAAAGAUAUGCGACUUUGAUUUCGAACCCUGUGGUUAUUCCAUGAAUGCUAUUGAAGGACCUGCGAUCUCUACCAUCCACAUUACCCCAGAAGAUGGCUUCAGCUAUGCUAGCUUUGAAGCUGUUGGUUAUGACUUGAAGAAAACUGAUUUGAACCAGCUGGUGGAGAGGGUCCUUGCUUGCUUUGAACCAAGCGAGUUUAGCAUUGCUAUUCAUGCUGAGAUUGCUGCUAACUCUAUGGAGCACAACUGUUACGUUAAUGUGAACGGAUACAGUCGUGAAGAGGGAGGCAUUGAAGAGCUCGGAUUUGGCGCUGCUUCUGUAUUCUACCAGAAGUUCUGCAAGGCGUCCACUGGAUUUGGCGCCACCAACAAGCCAAAGCCAGCUCUUAAGUGCUGCUGGAAAGAGGACAAAUUUGAAGAAGAAAAGGAUUAUUAAGUACCUUUUCCUUUCAUGUUUUAUGGUUUUAUCUUUUUUUUCAUUGAAUAAGAUUCAGGUCUUCAUCCUGAUGGGUUGUUUCUAAGUACUCUUGUGAUUUUUCGGAUAUUUUCUCGGUUCCAUUCUGGAACAUAUUAUCAUCAUCUAUCUAUCAUUUAAAUUGUACUCGGAUUAUGUCAUUAUUACUCCGUACUAUAUAAUGAUUAUUAUUAAUACUAUUAUACUUACUAA